AUGGCGGCGUUCAGGCUUUUGUCCACGGGUUGGACCCUGUUCCUGGCCAUCUUAACUAUUCUCUCAUGCCUGGUUGUUCCUGGAGAGAUGGUCAAGCAUGGGAACUUCAAGACAUGUUCACAAUCCGGUUUCUGUGCGCGGAAUAGAGCUUAUGCAGAUACUGUUUCGAAUCAAGACUCGUCAUGGUCUGCCCCGUAUCGCCUUGAAUCGAACUCUAUUAAAUUUGCGGGAGGUCAGUUGUUGGGAACCAUCGUUAAGACUGCUGAGAACAACGAGAAGGUUAAACUGCCUCUCACUGUAUCGUUUCUUACGUCAGGAGUGGCUCGUGUCACAGUAGAUGAAGAGAAACGGAUAAAAGGGAAAAUACAACUACGGCACGACAGGAAAAUAAGGAAAGAACGUUAUAAUGAGGCUGCAAAAUGGGCCAUUGUAGGUGGUUUGGAGUUGAGCUCCUCCGCCGAAAUUGUUGAGGGAACGGAGGCAGGAAUUACAAAAGUCGCUUAUGGCCCAGACAAGAAGUUCCAUGCUAUCAUUCGGCACUCCCCAUUUGAAGUACACUUCCAAAGGGAUGGCGAAACACAUAUCAAAUUCAAUGACAAGGGGCUUCUGAACGUGGAACAUUGGAGGCCAAAGGUUGAGAAACCGAAAGGGGACGACAAUGAGCCAGAAUCACAAACUACUGUGGAUGAAGCCACCUGGUGGGAGGAAUCGUUUGGUGGUAAUGUCGAUUCGAAACCGAGAGGCCCAGAAAGUGUUGGCUUGGAUAUCACCUUUUCUGGAUACAGCCAUGUGUUUGGUAUCCCAGAGCAUGCCGACUCUCUCUCCCUGAAAGAAACCAGGGGCGGGGACGGGCAGCACACCGAACCUUACCGUUUGUACAACAGCGAUGUGUUCGAAUAUGAGUUGAAUAGCCCAAUGACGCUUUAUGGUUCCAUUCCAUUUAUGCAGGCACACCGUAAAGGAUCCACAGUGGGUGUGUUAUGGUUGAAUGCUGCGGAGACAUGGGUCGACAUAGUCAAGACCAAGGAUUCAACCAACCCUCUCGCUCUAGGAGUCAUUGGAAAAACCAACACACAAACGCAUUGGUUUUCGGAAGCCGGACAGCUCGAUAUUUUUGUAUUUUUAGGACCAACUCCCCAAGCAGUUAGCAAGUUGUAUGGCGAACUUACCGGUUUCACCCAACUGCCCCAGCAUUUUGCGAUUGGAUACCACCAGUGCCGCUGGAACUACGUUACCGAUGAGGAUGUCAGAGAUGUCGAUAGAAAAUUCGACCUUUAUCAAAUUCCCUACGAUGUCAUCUGGCUUGACAUUGAGUACACUGACCAGAAAAAGUACUUUACGUGGGAUCCGCUGACAUUCACGGACCCGAGUGGAAUGCAAAAGCAGCUUGAUGAUUCAGGUCGCAAACUUGUUAUAAUCAUCGACCCUCACAUCAAAAACGAUGCGAAUUACCCUAUUGUAGACGAGCUGAAAUCGAAAGGAUUAGCUGUGAAUGACAAGGAUGGGAACAUAUAUGAUGGCUGGUGUUGGCCUGGAUCAUCCCACUGGAUUGAUUGCUUUAAUCCAGCUGCUAUAUCGUGGUGGACUACGCUCUUUAAAUAUGACAAAUUCAAGGGAACCAGUUCUAACGUGUUCCUUUGGAACGAUAUGAACGAGCCGUCCGUUUUUAAUGGCCCAGAGACGACGAUGCCCAAAGACAAUAUUCACUAUGGGGGUUGGGAGCAUCGUGACUUGCACAACCUCAAUGGCAUGACGUUCAUCAACGCUACUUACAAUGCCUUGUUGGAACGCAAGAAGGGCGAGCUGCGCAGACCAUUUGUCCUGACACGGUCCUUUUAUGCAGGGUCACAGCGGUUGGGAGCCAUGUGGACCGGCGAUAAUCAGGCAAGCUGGGAUCACCUUGCUGCGUCCCUUCCCAUGGUCCUCAACAACGGCAUUGCCGGAUUCCCAUUCGCUGGAGCCGAUGUUGGUGGCUUCUUUGGAAACCCAGACAAAGAGUUACUAACAAGAUGGUACCAAACCGGAAUCUUCUAUCCGUUCUUCCGUGCCCAUGCACACAUCGACACCCGUAGACGUGAACCAUAUUUGGCUGGAGAGCCAUACAUGAGCAUCAUCACCCAAGCCAUACACCUGAGAUACCAGCUCUUGCCUGCGUGGUACACUGCUUUCCACCAGGCUUCCAUUGACGGCACCCCAAUUGUCCAACCUCAAUAUUAUGUUCACCCUGAAGAUGAGGCUGGCUUUGCGAUCGACGACCAAUUGUAUUUGGGAUCCACCGGAUUGCUUGCUAAGCCAAUUGUGACGGAGGGCGCUACCAGCACAGAUAUUUUUCUUGCCGAUGAUGAAAAAUACUACGAUUAUUUCGACUAUACAGUCUACCAGGGUGCCGGGAAGAGACACGUUGUUGAAGCGCCACUGGAUAAGAUUCCUCUCUUGAUGCAAGGCGGCCAUAUCAUCCCCCGCAAAGAUCGACCCCGUAGAAGUAGUCAACUCAUGAAAUGGGACCCUUACACGCUUCUCGUCGUCUUGGACAAAAACGAGCAGGCGGAGGGAACUCUGUACAUUGAUGACGGUGAGACAUUCGACUACCAAGAUGGCGCUUCCAUCCACCGGCGCUUCACCUUCUCCGAGUCAUCGUUGUCAUCAACGGACAUCGGAACCCAGGGCACCAAAACUGCGCAGUAUCUGAAGGCCAUGGCAGGUGUGCGUGUAGAGAAAAUCAUCAUUGUGGGUGCUCCAGAUGCAUGGGCGAGCAAGCCAAAUGUUCUCGUUUUUGAGGAAGGGUCAAAGACGGGAUCCCAGGCAAACUUGCAGUGGCAUGCAAAGCAGGAGGGCAAGGCCGCCCAUGCUGUGGUUAAAAACCCAGGCGUGUGUAUUGGAAACUUGUGGAGGAUUGAUUUCUCUUAA